GACUGUCAUUCUCAUCUGGUUUUGGAGCUCGGCCUGCAAGUGUUUUCAGUGAUUAUAUUUUUUUAAUCUAGCGUUUUUAUUUCUGGCCCAACGUUUAUUAUAUUUGUGUAAUUCUGGUUUUCUCGCUGAGUGGUCCAGAUUUUUUAAAUUUAAGCGUACAAUGUCGGUGAUCGAGUUCCUAAAGGAUCUGCCGUCUUACGAUGAACAUAACUUUACAUUGUACAACACGGAUCAUGGCAUCAGAUACUGCUCUAAGAGACCUUCGAUAUACCUCCCCACUAAGGACAUACCUUCAGAACAGAUAAUAGUAACAGAAAAAACAAAUAUUCUCCUAAGAUAUCUACACCAGCAGUGGGAGAAAAAGAAUAACAACUCCCCCAAGAAAAGGGACCAGAGCCACCUCGAGCAGAACGGCGACGAGCCGCGGCCGCGCAAGAGGCCCUGUCUCAACUCUCCGCUCAACUGAAACCACUCCGGAAUAGUUGUGCUUCAGUAUUGAACAUUCAAGUGUACGGCAUUUUUGUAUUACAGUUUGUAUUCCGCUAUAUCAAAAUAUAAGGGAAAGUGUUUUUACUUAUGGAUUGUUUUACCUGUGGACACUAAAAAAAUAAACCUGGAGACAGAAUUAAACAUAUCUGUUAAAUCUUUUUGGUGUAUGGCAACACUAAGUUACUGCCAGAUUUUACUGGCUACGUUUAACCUUUCGUAAUUUAUACCUUCAAGAUGAGCACCAGAUCGCUGUUUCGAGCUGCAGCGUCAAAAGUGAAAAUAGCCCUAAUGAUAGCCAACCUCCGCCAGGAGACGGCACCAUAAGAAGAAUUUAAACCUAUUGCAUUAAACAAAGGAUUUAAAUUUGUGCUCACUGACACACACUGCCUUAGACACACUGGCUUAGACAUACGAAGGGUUAAAGUAGGACCAAGUUAACUCUGCGUGACAUUUGCAAUACAAAAGUGUGGCAAUGCCAUCAUUAAUGUUAAGUUUCUAUGAAAAUAUGACACUAGUAAUGACACUACUUCACUUUGUUCGGUUCAAGUCAGUGCAAAGUUUAGCCGGACUCUUAAUUCAUUGCGUUCAGGUUUCUAUUUUUUUUAUUUAAGAUAUUAAUGGUGUCCACAGGUGAAACUGCAAAAGUUAGGCAUACCUAAACACUUUCCCUUUUACGUUUUUAUUUUGAGAAGGCAUAGGUACAGUGCCAUCUUGUGAAUGAAUUUAUUUUAUAAGUUUUUGUAACAUCCGUCGUCCAUCAGAAAGGUUGAGAAGAUUUCAUUCCAGUAAAUUGUAAUUAAUUUAAUUGCUUAACAGUAGUAAUUAUUACACUUCUUGAUUGUGUAUCAUGCACUUUAGUAUUUGCAGUGUCAAUGUAAUAGUUAACAGUUUGGAAAUAAUUUAAAAUCAAUGGCAAAAAUAGAGAAUAAAUUACUUUUCAAAAUGUUUAACACAUUCAUUGCCACCCAGACAAACAAGACAUCCCCGCCAGGCCACAACAAUUUCGUCAUAUAAACCACGAUCCCGACUGUCGGGCCUGGGAACGAAAUCAUAAAGUACCCGAUACUCGGGUUUUCGGCACUGAAUGUGUUAAUUAUUUAUUUUGGUGUUAAUCAUUACUGUGUCGGUAAAAUAAUAAGCAAUAAGACUCGACUUGGUGAAGUAUGUGUUCAGUAACCUAAGGGCUUUGGGCUUAGCAGAAGAUUAUCAUAAUUAACUAUCAAGUAAAGGUGACCAAAGAAAUGUAAUGAUUGUAAAGAAGUGAAUUCUGCUUUGUCACCUUAUCCAUCUGUUAUGUCAAAUUAUGCUAAUUAUCUAACGAUUUUAUUAAGAUUACCUAGUCUAGUCUAGCCUAGCCUAGUCUAGUCUAGGCUAGCCUUAUAGUUAUGAUUUAUGAAUACUUUUUUUAAACAUUGCAAAGACAGCUUGCAAUUUUGUAUAAGUUUUGUUUUAAAAUAUUAAAUCAGGCUAUGGUAGACAUGUCUUUUUUUUAAAUAUUAUUAGAAAAAUUUAAAUAAUUUCAUUUGUUUCUAUCUGAGAACACCAUGAUUGGUUGUCGGCUAACAAUGCAAUAAGUAGAUUAAUCUGUAAUUUAUAAACUGCAUGUUUAAAUCUUAGUUCAUUUUCAUCUAUUUAUCUGAAGUGGAAAUAAAAUAUACGGAUGA